AUGUUCAUCUCCAACUUGGCCAGGAACGCCUUCCUCACCCGCCGUCUCGCCCCCAGUUUCAGCGUGGCUGGAGAGGCCACCUUCCUCGAAAUGGUCUCCGAGUACUUCGACAAGGCUGGUGAGGCUGCUGGCAUUCCCAAGGAUCGUCUCAACUUCCUCAAGAGUCCCGACUACUCACUUAAAUUCAACAUUCCCUUCCGCACGGGUACUACUGGAGAUAGUGACGCUGGCCUCAUCGAGGUGGUGGAAGCAUACCGAGUGCAGCACAAAACCCACAGAUUACCCACCAAGGGUGGAACGCGUUAUGCCAGCAGCAUCAACCUUCAAGAGGUGGAAGCACUCUCCUGCCUCAUGACCAUCAAGAAUACCAUCGCUGGGCUCCCCUACGGUGGUGCCAAGGGUGGAAUCAAGAUCGACCCACGCUCUCUCUCUAAGGCUGAAAUUGAACGCGUCACUAGAAACUACACCACAGCCCUAUGCAAGAAGUCUAGUCUUGGUCCUGCUGUCGACGUUCCGGGACCUGAUAUCGGUACUGGUGAGCGUGAGAUGACUUUGAUCAAGGACCAAUAUCACCACCUUUACGGCACCCGUGACAUCAACUACGCAGGUGUGACUACUGGAAAGAGUAUUGUCCACCACGGUAUCAGAGGAAGAGAGGAGGCGACUGGUUUGGGUGUCUUCUACUCGACCAAGCAGAUCCUCAACAAUGAUGAUCAACUCAAGAAGCUCGGAGUCACCAAGGGACUCAAGGGAAAACGCUUCAUUGUCCAGGGUUUCGGUAACGUCGGAUACUGGGCUAGCAAGUUCUUUGUUGAGGAAGGAGCCAUCCUCAUCGGAGUCGCUGAAGCCGACGGCAGUUUCACCUGCGAAGACGGAAUUAACCCCGACGACCUCUGGAGAUACAAGCGCGAGAAGAAGGGAACCAAGGGAUACCUUCACGCUGCUGGACUCAAUGGAAAGGAAUUCAUCAACGAGGAAGCCAUCUAUGAGACUUGGUACAUUUUUUGCCACAGCGAUAUCUUCAUCCCCGCUGCUUUCGAACAGUCCAUCAACGUCAACAACGCCGACAAGUUCAAGUGCAAGCUGAUCGUCGAGGCUGCCAACGGCCCAACCACUCGCAAGGGUGAGGACAUCCUCCUCAGGAAGGGCGUCAGCUUCCUCCCCGAUGUCCUCUGCAAUGGCGGUGGUGUCACUGUCAGCUACUUCGAAUGGCUCAAGAACAUCGAGCACGUCAGAUGGGGUCGUCUGCUCCGCAAGGUAAAGAUGAAUCAACUCUGGGAGGAAAAAUCUAAGAAGAACUUCCUAGAGGUCAUCGAAAAGGCCACCAGAAUCGACCACAACAAGUUCGUGCAAGCUGAAAAAUCCCUGCUUGAGGGUGCCAAGGAGAAGGAUAUCGUCUACGGAGGUCUUGAGUAGGUGAUGUCUACUGCUACUAACGAGGUUUUGGAAGUGGCUGAAGCUAAAAACUUGGACUUGCGUACUGCUGCCUACGUGCUAGCCAUUAACAAGCUGAACGACUAUUAUACCACCAGGGGCAUUGAUAUCUGA